CAUCGUUUUGGGGGCGUCGAGCGCCGUAGAGACCACCGAAACAACUGCCCAUCGCGGCCCGAGUUGCGCUGCUCCUCAGCAAGACAACGCGCAGACCAGUAUCAGGCAAGGGGCAGCCAUAGACGUCAUCCAGCACAAGCCAUCACGCAUUUGGCGGGCGCUGAGCGCGGUAAAGCCUCGAGAACCAGGCUCCUGUCGCGGCCCGAGGAGCACGGCUAUUCAUAAAACACAGCCCGUCGACCGCGCAUCGGCUCACGACACACAACAACCAACAAUGUACGGCCCGCCGCGCCACACGCCCAUCCAGAGCGAGGCCGAGCUGCAGCGCGAGCGCGCCGAGCUCAAGGCCUGGCGCAAGCGCAAGGUCGAGACGCUCGCGGCGCGGCGGCGCGCCGUGCGCGUGUUACGCGGAGAUUUAACGAGCCCGCCGAACGCGCGGAUCGGGCGGAAGCGGCGCAAAGCAUUAGGUGGAAGGGCCCCGCCGCCGACGCCGUCGCAGCCGACGGACGCCACCGUCGAGACGCCGGCCCGCGCGCUGACCUCGCCGCUCACAACCGCGACGGCGGCCGCGUUGAGGCGGCGGCCGUCCGAGGGCCAGCCCCUCGCGACGGAGGACUCGCAGGAGGCGCGCAUUUUUGAUCAUUUUUUAGUGGUCGGGCUACCCAGUCGCUUAGUGGAGCACCCGGACGUUGCGGUGGGAGCGCGCUACUCGCCCAAGGUACUGCACCACCUGUCGCCGACGGGCGCGCCGACGCAAGCCGAGGCGAUCGCGGACUUUUGCCUGCCGGCCGGCGCGAAAGUAAGUGCGGCCCAGGCCGGCGAAGGGAGGCGGCCGGGCGCAUUAAAUGCGGUCCGGGGCGUCAAGGAGGUGAUCUUCGUUUUGUCUGGUGGAGGUAGAGACGGGUCUCGCGUGCAGUACGGCGUCUGCGCCCACGCGUCGCGGUUCUACGAGUCCGUGUCUGAUGACGCUGAUAGACCACCGUUGGUCGAGGUCGACGUCUGCUACUGCAUCGUGACGCAGUUUCCCUUUUUACCUUUGCAUUUCUCCGUGCUGCGAUCAGCGAUACGCGCAGAGAUCGAGGCCUUCGAGACCAGAAAACACCCGCGGUCGCGACGGUACGCGGCGGCGCACGCGGCUCUGAAGGCGUAUAGUCGCGUGCCUCCACCAGGACCGGGCCUCAAGGUCGAGGUGAACAUCGGGGAGGUCAUCGAGUGGACGCGACCGCGACGACGACGGCCCAAACUAUCGCGGGCGCCCCGCGACGAGGCGACGCGCCUCGCGCGCGAGUGGUCGCUGCCCGUGGUGUUGGGGAGGUUAUCUCUGGAAAAUGUGUUGCGGGUGCUUGCUUGUGCUCUACUAGAGUUGAGGGUCGUCUUCGUGUCGCGGGAUUUACAAACAUUGUCGGCGUGCGCGUUGGGCGCCGUGUCUCUACUACGACCUCUGAGGUGGGCCGGGCCGCUGAUCAGCGCCCUGCCGGCCGAUCUACGAGACUACCUGGACAGCCCCGUGCCCCUGAUUUUGGGGGUGACCGGCUUGCCUCUGCACUUCGAGCAGGGCGCCGACAUGGUCCUCGCCUUCGCCGACGAAGAUCGCGUAAGAUUGCCGCCGAACAGCGUGAUGCUGCCGCGCUACGACGCAUUGGUAGAGAAAUUGCGGCCACUCGUCGAUGUGCUGCGGCACGACCUCAAGGGGCAUCAGCUUCCACAGACGCCGAACACGCGCACGUCGGCGGACGCAGCGUCGGCGUUUGGGGACGACGUCGUGCAGGGCGACGACGACGACCGGCUGCAGUCGCCGGGUUGGCGUCGGCCACCAUCGGCCGAGGCCCUUAAAGCUUUGGAUUCUGUGGUAGACGGCGUGCACGCGCACUUGCGGCUGCUGCUGGCCGGCGCGCGGGCGAUCCGCGAGGCGCGCGUCUCUUCGAAGAAGAGGUCGCUCAAGCAGGCCGUUGGAAAUGAUGUUUGGGAGGGGCUCGGUGGUGAGGAGGGCGAGCAAUUCAUUGCCAGAGUUGAGCAGACGCAGAUGUACAGCAACUACCACCACAGCCAACCGCAGGUCGGCCCAGACGCCGAGGAGCUAUUGCGGAGACUAGACGAUGGGUUUGAUGAUGGUGCCGAGUACUCAAGCUCAUCAGACGAGUCGCUCGAGGAGGACCUCACGGUGUCGCCGGACGAUGCCUUCUGGUGUCGCGGCCGGUGUAACGGCGCCCUCGACACGCCCUUCUGCACGCAGCAAUGUAUAAGGGAGUGGGAGCGGCGGACACGCCUCGAAAAAGCUCAAGAACUGUCCCGCUAUGUAGCUCCCGAGCCGCGUGCGCGGGAACCGCUGAAGCACCGCAACGAGACGCGGUCGCAGUGGGCGCAUCGGGCGUCUUUGCACGCGUCGCCGCGAUCACCCUCAAAAAAGUUGAAUGCGUCGGAGCGACCGCCCUUCGGCUUUCAUUGCAGCGUCGACCCGCGUGGGCGGUUCUGUUGUGAUAGAAGACGGGGCGGCACCGCCGCGCCGGUGCAGACGAAGGAGAAACGGCGGUCGAAGCCCCCUGCCGAAAGGCCCAUGAGACGUGGCGGCUACGCGGGCCGCGGGCCCUCGAACCUCGCGCUCGUCCGAAGAUCCGAGGACCGGAAGGACGAGCGACGACACGACGCAGCGCUUGUUCUACAGAGAAAAUCACGACGGGACCGGCUAUGUCGCGCGCUGGAGGCCGCCGCCGUCGCGGCGCGGAGCAGAAUGGACGUCGACGUGUCGAGCGACGAAAGUGUGGAGAGCGCGAAGCUGGGCAGCACGUCGGGCGACUUCGAGGCAUUCCUGGUCGACGACUCAGGUGUAAGAGAGAAGACGGAGAACGUGAUACAAGUAAUGCAAUCGACAAGGGCGCGAAUCUUGUAUGAGGCCUUGGCGGCGUGGCGCGACCGCGUCGACAGCGACGACGAGUACCCACUGUCGGACGAGUCGGACGUGGCGCCGCGCGCGCCUUCGCCCGUCGCCAGCAGAGUGACGUCGCCGGUGAAGCCGUCUCCGAUCACGCUCAACGCGGCCGCGUCGUUGAUCGAGCUCGCGGCCGACGAGCCGCCGGCUCCGUCGGUGCCUGUGUCCGCUGAGCGCCGAGCGUCUGCGUCGUCUGCCGAGAGCCCCGCCGAGCUCAAUCGCCGACGAACGCUGCAACUGCGUGAUUCUUUUGGCGUUGAAGAGCUCGAGGACUUUGAUGAUGAUCAUAGCGGCGACGCCCGGUCGCGGAGCGACAGUGGGGCGGACCUGUCGUCGCGCGGGAGUGGCGGCGACCUCGCAGGAAUGCUUGCGCCGCCCGGCUCGUCGCCUGUCCUCGGCAGCCCCGCCGGAUCGUCGCCAUCGUCGCCUCCCAGCUCUAUCUUUGAGCGGCAGGCGAAGCCACCCUCACCAUUACCGCCGCCGCCGCCGCCCUCGCCGCCGCCUCAGCUGAUGUCUCCGUCGUCGAAACAUCCCGUGCGCUCGCUGAGCUGCUCGAGCGAUGAUGCCGCCUUCUCAUUACGCAAGGCCAUCAGCCCUAUCGCCCGUCCGCUGGCCGCAGAGGACUACUCGUCGUACGACGAUGUCGAAUUCAGGGCAGCUUUAAGGCAGGGCUUCGUGGCCGUCAAGCAUGGGAGGCGCGGAAGGGCCCAUGCACGGCGGUUUAGAGCUUCGGAAGAUUUAUCGGAGCUCACCUGGGCGGCGGAGGAUGAACCACAGUCAGUGGUUCACGCGGGUCUGCGCCGGCUGAAGCGGAUGUCGAAGUCUCGACGGGUAGUGAAGAUGGCCGACGUGCAGCGGGUUUGUGGAAGGGGAAGUAGUCGUGUCUUGCAGCGCGCACACUCCGCGGGGCGCGUCUUCAGGCCCUUUACCGUGUCGCUCGUCUUAGAAGAUGGGAGUUCCGUGGAUUUGGAGUUCCAGGACGCGGCAAAACAUAGAGCGAUGCUGAGAGGAUUCACGCGCCUCGCGGCCGCGGCACGGAAGCUGUACGACGAGGACGGCGAGCGGGAUCCGUGGGAAGAGGCCGUUGCGGCGCUCGCGGUGAAGGCGGGGCCCGAGUGAGUAAUUGGGAUAUGAUUGU